CAACGCGCGAGCGCGCACUGCCAGCCCCACCUAGAGGAAUUCUGGGAAGACAUGGCAGCUUCCGCUGUUUGUGUUCACUGAGUUUCCGCACUGAACAGUCACUAAAUUAACAGAGUUAAGUUAACUUGACAACUUUAUCAGUGGCGCGGUUCGGGAUGGAGGAGAGCGGCAGUGUGGACAGUGUGGAGUCGCUGUGCAGCUCCACCACGACGCGCUCAGACCGCUCCAGUGGCACCAGAGUUUCAGACACAGAGCCGCGGAGUAAAGGAAAGGCAAUUGAAAAGGUCUACAAAGACCCCAGUAAAGGCGAACUUCCUCUUCUGCCAGAGGAACUGGUUCAGGAUUCCGCUAAAGACGUGACUUACAUUUGUCCGUUCAUUGGGCCUGUUAGAGGAUCUCUGACCGUCACUAACUACAGACUUUUCUUCAGAUGCACUGACAGGGAACCGGUGUUUGGGCUAGAUCUACCACUGGGAGCUUUGAGCAGAGUAGAGAAGAUUGGAGCAGCAACUAGCAGAGGUAUAUAUAUAUAUAUAUUGAAAUAAAAAUAAAUUUGAUUAGAUAUGAGGAAUCUACGUUUUGUGCACAAGGAGCUUGAGGACUCACUAAAGAAGUCAGUGUUCGAGGUUCUGAUGAAGUUUGCUUUUCCAGUGUCAAACAACAUGUCCCUCUUUGCAUUUGAGUAUAAGCAGGUGUUUCCUGAGAAUGGAUGGAAGGUGUAUGAUCCACUGGCUGAAUACAAGAGACAGGGUCUUCCAAACGAGAGCUGGAGGAUCUCCAAAGUAAAUGAUCACUACGAGCUGUGUGAUUCAUACCCUGCAGCGCUAUUUGUCCCAGUAACCAUUACUGAUGAGGAACUGAGACGCGUCUUCAGCUUUAGGGCCAAAGGACGCAUUCCGGUGCUGUCAUGGAUCCACCCAGAGAGUCAGGCCGCAGUGGUGCGUGCCAGUCAACCGAUGGUGGGCCAGAACGGUCGCCGCUGCAAAGAAGAUGAGAAGCUCCUUCAGGCCAUUAUGGAUGCAAACGCUCAAUCACACAAACUGUUCAUAUUCGACGCCAGACCAAGUGUGAAUGCUGCAGCUAACAAGAUGAAAGGAGGUGGGUAUGAGAGUGAAGAUGCUUAUCAGAACGCUGAACUGGUAUUUCUGGAUAUCCACAACAUUCAUGUAAUGCGUGAGUCGCUACGGAAACUGAAGGAGGUUGUCUAUCCCAACAUUGAGGAAUCUCACUGGCUUUCCAAUCUCGAGUCCACCCACUGGCUGGAGCAUAUUAAGUUGAUUCUGGCUGGAGCUUUAAGGAUAGCCGAUAAGGUGGAGUCUGGGAAAACCUCAGUGGUGGUUCAUUGCAGUGACGGCUGGGACAGAACUCCUCAGCUGACCUCACUGGCCUUGAUAAUGCUGGACUCUCACUACAGAACCAUACGAGGCUUUCAGAUACUGCUGGAGAAAGAGUGGCUCAGCUUCGGUCACCGCUUCCAACAGCGAGUGGGCCAUGGUGAUAGGAAUCACACAGAUGCCGAUCGCUCACCAAUCUUCCUGCAGUUCAUAGAUUGUGUUUGGCAGAUGACAAGACAGUUUCCUGCAGCUUUCGAGUUCAAUGAGUAUUUCCUCAUAACAAUACUGGAUCACCUCUACAGUUGCCUCUUUGGCACAUUUCUGUGUAACAGUGAGCAGCAAAGACUUAAAGAGGAAGUCCCGAAGCGCACUGUGUCUCUAUGGUCGUUUGUGAACAGUCAGCUAGAAGAGUUUGUGAAUCCGCUGUAUGUACAUUAUCCCUCCCAUGUGCUCUUCCCCACUGUUGGUAUACGACACCUCCAGCUCUGGGUCACCUACUACAUACGCUGGAAUCCUCGUAUGCGACCACAGGAGCCUGUCCAUCAGCGCUACAAAGAGCUGCUAGCAAAACGGGCAGAGCUUCAGAAGAGGGUGGAAGAGCUGCAGCGCGAGGCGGCCAAUCGUACGGCCUCGUCAUCCUCCGAGAGGGCGGGGUCUCCCACACGCUCCAUCACACCUGUGCAGACCUUUGUUUAGGCUUUAAGGAAUGUAGAUGCCCACACACCGCGUGAGCAUGUCACACGGUUCUCAUGUUACUUGCAGUGAUGCACAACUGAUGUAAAUUCACACACUAACAUUCACCUCGCUGCAGUGCUACCAGCUGGCUGGAUGGAAGAAGCUUUUAAUCACUAAAACUGUUUCAUACUAGUAUUAUAUUAUAAAUUGUUUUAUUAAGACUAUUAAAGCACUAAUACAUAUUAGUAGCAUCUUAAUGCUUGUACUGUAUGAGCUGUAUGUAGUAGAACUCUGUGCCUGAGCAUCACAUGACCAAAGUAUUGUGAUGUCACUGGGAUUCUGCCUGCAUCAUCUUGAUGUGGAGGGAAGUUGAGGCCAGUUUUUCAGCCUCAGGGUUUUGCAUACAGGCUCUGUCUUUACUUGAAAUUGACACUGUAAUCAUGUUAUAGAUAUGCUCUAUAAUCUAACGUUUGCUUAUACAUUAACAUUAUUGACAAAUAAAAUGUGUUGACCCUGAUUCAAUUGGGAGUCGUCCACAGCAAUAAAAUAUCUGCAGUAUAUGGAUCUAGACAAUAGAUUGUGUUUCAGUCGUGUGGGGAUGUUUAGUUAUAAUUGAGCUAGAGCUGGUUUUUGUGUUGUCAAGCUGCAGUCUGAGUAUCCAUGACACAAUGUGUAACUGAAUAUUUAAAAGAUUAAAUACAUGCAAUGCAUCACAUAUUUCAGAUAAUGCAUAAAGCAAUCCUAUAUCUUUAAUCUUUAGUGACUAAGAAAACG